ACGUAAUAGAGAGAAUAUCUAUUAUUUAUCUUGUACAUAUCUAGUGUUGCCCUUAAAUACAAGAGACAUGCAUCUUAUACAACUUGACAACUAAGAACAAACAAAAUGCCAAACCAACCGAUCAAUCAUAUGGAUAGGACAACUGAAAUUUCGGCAGAGGAUUACAACAAAGCAGUGGAUGAUCUAGUAAACGUGAACAAACUGUUCACCCUAGCAGUGUUCCUGGGAUUAGCACUGGCUACGGGUCGGCAGCACAGCCUGGGGAAUCGGGCAGAGUGCGAUGCAGGAACAAUAGUCGCCAAGAGGCUAAUUGUGUUCGAGGUCUUGUCCUUCACUUGCUUCAUUUCAUCCACCGUUGUGGUCAUGGCAAUCAAGCUUCAUCUCAACAUUUACCGUGGUGGUAGGACAUUGAAACACAAGAUAAGGGAAAUAAUGGUGUUUGUAGCAGGGUUGGCCACGUUUUUUGCUUAUUUUUUCUUGAUGCUUUCGAUGGUUGAUAUCAUCCAGAUUCGGUUGGGGAAACUGUCGUGCAGGAGUUCCAAGUCUCUCGGAGCAGCCGUGUCCGUGAUUUCUAUUGUUUCUUCUGCUCUGGUCGUCUUUAUGUUUCUCAUGUUGCCUCCUUUAUACAAAUCCAUCUCCCGUAUUAAAAGCUAGAAGCAGGCCAAUAUAUAAAUUUAAUAAGUUGUCAAAAUAAAUAUUAAAAAACGUUUGGAUUCAUUCUAGCUAGCUAUGUUUGGAUCCAUGCGAGACAUGUUCCAAGUUGUUUGAAAUAUUAUGUCCUAGUAGGGGCAUGCAUGUGUAUAUAUAUGUUGUAUACAUGUUGUUGUAAUGAAAAAUGAUAUAUAAAUCUACUUUUUAGAUUCAUUUUCUAAA